AUGUUGCAGGGCCAUGGUCUGACUCCCUUUGUGGGCCGGGCUCCCCCGCCUAUGGCUCCUGGCUCCAGCUACCUUCCGAGACGCCCCCACCUGGGGGCGCCCUCUGUGCCCAUGUCCGAAGCUGACUUCAAAGGGAGGCUGAAACAAACAAAGCUGGUCACUUACUUCGACACGCAAGUCUUAAAGUACAACGAUGAUGACAACCUCAUGACUACCGGAAUACUUGCAGCUGUGAGCACAACAGCCUCCUUCCUCAGAAGGCGCAGCCGGACAUGGUGGUACGCCGUACUCAGUUGUGCGGCUGCGCUGCUUUUUCAUCACCUCGGAACGCCGCAGCCAGAGGCGACCACAACCCUGCUGAUCAACAUGACGCACUCGGUGCGCACGGUGACGGUGUUCCUCCUGGGCUUUUUCAUGGCGACCUGUGUGACCCGAUGGUGGGCCAUGCGCAACGACUGUAUUGGGAGCCUUUGGGGUGCGAUCAAUGACCUCACACUACUUCUAACUAGCUACUUCCCAAGUGAGUCACCGGAGGACACCGAGGUGCGCGAGCGAUUGCUUCGAUGGGCGGUCUUGUCACAUGAGCUGAUGUACAAGCAAGCCCUGGGUGAGACAGAUUUGAACGAUCUGAAACAGAGCGGGCUUCUGGAAGACGACGAGUGCGAAGUUUUGGCACCUUUGCCCUCCAAGGGCCAGGUGGUGUGGGCAUGGGCCACGUCCUAUCUCGCGCAUUUGGCGUAUGGUCCAGCAGAGUUAGGGGGGAGCCGCUUGCCGUUCCCAGUCACGACCAUGCCAAAUCUACAACGUCUGUGUUGUCAGGCUCGUGGAGCCAUUGGGGCAACGCUGGCGUAUGUCGAUACUCAGGUUCCGCUGCGCUACAUGCAUGGCUUGGGCAUCGUUGUUGGGAUGCACAAUAUCCUACAAGCGAUUACAUCAGCUGUGGUAAUUGCUCGGGCGCUUCGCCUUCAGACUUACGUGACGGCAGUGGUGGAGGUCUUAUGUGUGCUGUUUUUUCCAACCGUGUUCGCUGGACUGCUGCAUCUUGGGGCUGGGAUGUUGAACCCACUUCGUUCAUGUCGCGACACAGACUUCCCUCGUGGAGCCUUCUCCUAUUUCAUGCUCUCAGAGAACCGGGCCUUUCAUCAGGGGUGCCUCCAGCUGCAGCAAAAGUGGCGGGGACCUGCAUCGGGGGCACAAGGGUCAGUACCCUCUGAUGCGUCCCUCUGA